GUUAUUAGAACGCCUAUUACACUGCACACUAGACUAAAACUAUUACAGAAUUUUAUCUGGCAGACAUCCAAUUACAAUAAUAAAUAGCAAAAUAAACACUUUUAGUUCUUUUUUUUUCUUUUAGAAUAGUUACUGCAUUCAAUGCAUUGUGAUUAAUAGUUAUUUCUAAUAACAAUUAUCUUAUUUUUAUUUGUUUGUAACAAUGAAAAAUGUAAAUACUGAUCAAAUUCAUGACAAUGAAUUGAAAAUGACAACUACAAAAUCUAUCCAUAAUAUUACCACUUCAAUAGAAGAUAUUAGUGAGACAACAGAAGAUCAUAUCAUUACUGAUACUUACUGGACUGAGAAAGAACAAAGGGUUACAGUUAUUAUAGCCGUAGCGUUAGUAGCAAUUAUCACAAUUUGUGUGAUUUUAAUUAUUCUAAGAACAUUGAGAAAGAAAUCGAAUAAAAAAUCCAAUGGAUUUCCGAUUACGAACCAAAAGAAAACAUUUCAAUCCGAUAAAAUUAAUAAAGUAGAAGAGAGAGGAAAUUAUUCGUGUAUGCCCAAUGAUAACCAUAGCGAACCUAAGUGGAUUAUGCAGCAACAAUUAACUGUAGGCCAUACAUCUGAUAGGAUAAGGAAAGUCCCGACACGAAACCCCGAAAACAAGAAAUGGUACGAUUCAGCAGCAAUUCCUUUUAUGGAUGAUGUCUCUUCAUCGACGGAUAACCUGCACGCAGAUCAACUUAAGAAUCAACAAAUAUGAUUAGAUGUAUAUAGCUUCAGUAUGUAAAGAUAAUCACUAAUAAGUUAAUGUGUAAUUAUUGAGUCUUUUUUUAUUAAGA